AUGGUGUCGUUGGCGCCCCCGAAGAAGCUGGACGAGCUUCCAGACGAAAUUCUUCUUCGCGUUCUUUCCUUCCUAGAACCCUACGACUUCCCCGGUCUGCAGCUCGUUUGCCGAAAGCUCCAGAAAAUUUCCCUCGAUAAUAACCACUGGCGAUCGAGGACAUUUGACGAGUCGCCAUUCGUGGAGGCUUUACAAAGACGGCGGCGCUUCACUACCUUUGCCGACGACGACAUCACUGACUACCCUCUCUUCAGCACCGCUGCAGUACAGCUGAGUGAGGAAGAAAAUGGUGACACAGAACUGGAACCCCUCUUCUACGACGAGGAAACACAGGAGCAGCGCAAGGUGCAGCGGUACAGAGACAUGGCGAACUGGGAUCCUUCAUUUCCGACAGAGCCGGUCUUUUGGUACAAUGAGUACAUACAACGCUAUGCGCCUAUUGCGACAAGUUGGCUGCAGCAGCCCAAGAUCCGAGAUGGGACUGAGGAAGAUACGCUGGAUGUCCGAGGAAUGGCACUCUACAGCCCAAGUCGAGAGACUGACGAAUUGCUUGUGGUAUCACCAUUGGACGACGGCUCCAUGUGCUUGUGGGACGUGAAAGGUACCAGGGGUCGGAAGGGUGCCACAGUCGCGAAAAGCUCGGCUGGCAUCUUAUAUCUCGAUGGACCCCAGACAAUGGGUAGGUCACGCAAGAUCGAUACCGGAGUGACAGAAUGUGUCAGCGUCGACAGCUUUUCCAACAAGGCCUUCGUCGCAGUACAGGGCCACCUGCUAGAGGUGGAUCUCAACCGGCUCGAGGUCGUCGGCGAACAAACAUUCGAGUGGUCCAUCACGGCUCUUUCUUCCGCCGCCCCAGGCUUGCCUUUGACUGUAGGGACCUCUUUGGGAAUACACCUCUACGACUAUAGGGCGCGAGUCAGGUCGCCGAGUGAGAUCAUCGACAGGAUUGACGUUCUGGCCGUGAACUCGACAAGUGGAUUCUUUGAACGGAGGCCAAGCAGAGGCUUCGAUGAUCCGCUGCCGCCUUAUGCUCCUCUGUCACAACCCACCCCUCUGAGCAUCUUGCACCUGCCCAAAGCUUGCGACGAGUACUCCUUUUCGGAUGAUAUCUACGUAGCAGGACGCUUCUCUAACAUCCUUCACUACGAUAGACGCACGUUUCCUUCCAUCAUGGGUUCCAUUCAUUCGGGGGCUCGACUGGCUAGUCUCGCUUCUCUACCGUACCCAUUCUCCACGCUCGACAGCGAAACACGUCGUAGGAGCGACUUGUCUGUCGAGCAAGUCACGGAGUCGAAGACGAGGGACGGAGGCCGGACUCUUAUCGCCGGUGGCGAGUACAACACCAAGGGUUCGCUGGAGCUGUACGGCUUGUGCCCACAACAGGGAGGUUCGUCUGCAGAUCUCAUGCAGAAUUCCACCAUGAAGAACCGGCAGACAUCUUCUCAGUCCAAGAUCCUCUCGGUCGCCAACCAGGGUACUCGCAUCGUGUUCUCGGAUGGCUCGGGGCUUCUGAAGUGGUUUGAACGCGAUGGCUUCACUGAGGUGAGAAGGCACAAGAUCGGACACAGCGAGGUAGACGAGCGCCCGUCCCUUUUCGCCUCCAUGCCAGGCUCCGAUGAUCUCGCGAGGAAGAUAUUGUCGACACAAACGCGUCGCGGACUAGAUAAUGUCAACGACGAUGACAUCCUCUUCUGGACGGGUGAGAAGCUGGGCCUCGUUAGUUUUUCCAGCAAGCCUGGUUUUACCGCAAGUGAAUUUGAGCUACCGGAGCCCAAAUCGGAAGAGGAGGCAAGGAGCGAAGAGGCCGAGAAAGAGUAUGGCGAGAGGAUGAGGAUGGCUCUUGAGCGACAGGCGGAUGAUGUUCGCUUCGUACGAGGCCUAGGACUGGGUUUAAUGGGGUAA